AUGUUCAGGGACACCUCCCCUUUAUUCCCUCUGGGGAGCUGCUGCUUCCCGGAGCCAUUCCCGGGAUUCUCCAGCGAGCCGGACGCACAUUCACAUUCCCGCUCCGUGGUGGCUCCAUCCCUCACCCUUCCCUUUCUUCCCUCCAUCCCGCAGUUCUCUGCCGAGCUGGAGCAGCUGGAUCAGCUCCUGCCCUCCCUGGAGAAGGCGCCGCAGCUGCCGGGAAUGUGCGAGCGGAGCGACGGCGGAAUGUCCGGAAUAUCCGGAAUAUCCGGAGGAGUGUCCGGAGUGCCGGUGAAGCCGGAGCUGUUGGCACCUCCCCUCCAGCCCAGCACGGCUGCCAGAGCUCCCUCGGGAAUGCCCCCUCUGGGUGUUCCUUCGGGCCGGGCCCCUCUGGAAUUCUGUGAUUCCCUGGAUCCCUCCUCCUCUCUCCGUGCGGCUCCGUGUCCCGCCGGGAGCCCCCCGGGCCGAGGGCCGGCCCAGCCGGGAAGGGGCCCUGGGAAUGCUCCCAAUCCCUUCCCAACGGACUCAGGAAUUCCGGAGCUGGAUCUGGGAGUGCCAGAGUUUGUCCCGCCGGGAAUGCCGGAGCAAAUUCCCUGGAACGACCCCGGGCCCCGCGGAGCACUCGGAAAACCCGACGAGCCGUGCCUGGGCUCCCAGCUGGACGAGCUGCUGUGCCCGCCCAGCACUCCCGAGGGCCGGAACGAUGAGAAGGCGCUGCUGGAGCAGCUCGUCAGCUUCCUCAGCGGGAAGGAUGAGACUGAGCUGGCUGAGAUAGACAGGGCACUCGGCAUCGACAAACUCGUACAGGGCGGGGGGCUGGAGGCUCUUUCCGAGCGCUUCCCGGCGCAGCCGGCCCCGCCGGCGCUGCUGCUGGAGCCGAAAGCGGGGCUGUACCCGCAGCCCUUCCCCUCGGCACCCCCUUCCUCCGGCGUCCCCGCCGCCUUCCCCGGGAUGGCGCGGCCCAAACCGCCCUUCGGAGGAGCCGCUCCCGCCGCUCCCGCCCCGGCCCCGCGCGCGGCGUUCCCGAAUCCCGGGGGGGCUCCUCCCCGGCAGGGCCUCAGCCGGCCCCCCCCGGCUCCCAACCAGCUCCGCCUGCAGCUCCAGCAGCGGCUCCAGGGCCAGCAGCAGCUGCUCCACCAGAACCGCCAGGCCCUGCUCAACCAGUUCGCAGCCGCUGCUGCCAACGCCGCCGGCUCCGCUCCCGUCGGGAUCAACCUGCGGGCCGGGAUGCAGCAGCAGAUGGCGCCACAGGCGCCGCUGAACGCGCAGAUGCUGGCGCAGCGGCAGCGGGAGCUGUACAGCCAGCAGCACCGGCAGCGCCAGCUGAUGCAGCAGCGCGCCCUCCUCCUGCGCCAGCAGAGCUUCGCCGGCGCCGCCCCCGCCCUGCCCUCGGCGCUGGGGCCCGCCCGGCUGCCCCCGCAGCCGCCCCCGCAGCAGUUCCCGUACCCGCCCGCGUACCCGCCCGCCCCCGGCAGCCCCUUCGCCCCCGCGCCCGAGCGCGGCACCGGCGGCGCCGCCAGAGCGGUCCUGGCCGCGCCCUUCGGGGCCGGCGUGGGCACCAACAUGGGAACCAACAUGGGCACCAACAUGGGCAGUGCCAUGGGCACCGGCGUGGGCUCCAACAUGGGCACCGGCGUGGGCUCCAACAUGGGCACCAACAUGGGCAGUGCCAUGGGCACCAACAUGGGCACCGGUGUGGGCAGUGCCAUGGGCACCAACAUGGGCUCCAGCAUGGGCACCAACAUGGGCACCACCAUGGGCUCCGGCAUGCAGCCCCAGAGCGUCUUUCAGUACCCCCGGCAGUGUUCCCCCCCCCCAGGAAUGGCCCAGCAGAGCGAGUCGUUCGGGCCGUCCCUCAGCCCCGGCAGCCCCCUGAUGUCACCACCCGGCCCCGGCUACCAAUCCCCCGACGUGAAGGGCUGGCAGCAGCAGGGAGCCCUGGGCACCAACAGCGUGUUCGGGCCGGCCCAGCAGGGGCUCUACAACAACAUGAGCAUCACGGUGUCCAUGGCCGGGGGCGGCCCCGGCGCGCAGGGAGUGACCCCCCUGCCCGCCCCCAUGGCCGGGAUGAGCCCACUCCAGCCGGGAAUGGCAUCCGUGUGCGCCGAGCAGGUGCCGGAGGCGGCGCUGAGGCGGGGGCUCUACUGCAACCAACUCUCCUCCUCUGAGCUGCUCAAGGCAGACUCUGACGGGGCACAGGUGCAGCAGGUGCAGGUGUUCGCUGACGUGCAGUGCACGGUGAAUCUGGUGGGAGAUCCGUACCUCAACCCCCCCGGCGGCCCCAAAGCCACCGCUCCUGCUCCGGCCGCAGCUCCGGGCCAAGGGAAGAGCCUCCUGCAGCAGCUCCUGACAGAGUGAGCGGAGGACACAAGAGAUGAGUGGAAAAUCCCGGCCAGAAAUGGAAAAUCCCGGCCAGAAAGUGGAAAACCCCGGCGAAAGAGAUGAAAAUCCCGGUGAAAGACAUGAAAAUCCCGGUGAAAGACAUGAAAAUCCCGGCCACAGAGAGAGUGGACACACGGACACACAGAAAGAGAGACAGAGAGACAGAGAAAGAGAGAGAAAAAAUUAUAUAUAUUAUCUAUUUUUGUGGGGGUUUUGAUAGCUCGCCCCGCGGCGGGAGGGGCGGG